AUGAGGUUUCCUUGUUGCGGCGCAAUGCGCUGCUCGCCCACGACCAAAUCUGCAGCUCUCCGAAGCCAACAGCAUGUGUACACUCGCGUCGACUCACCACAUGUGUCGAUGCAUAUUCAUUCCUCAUCGGCUGCUAUGGCGGCAACCACGCGGAGCGCACGUUGUGCGGUCGAGAGUUCACUGGCGGCAGGAUCUGUCGCUACGGCACGGGCACUCAUCGUCUGUUCCGUCUAG